AUGCAGGCGCUCUCACAGCCCAAGUGCGAGGCCGCGAUUCUCUUCGUCCUCGCCUUCGUGCUGACAACCCAGGCCCUCGCGCCCUUCCGCGGCACCACCGACUCGGCCCCGACGGACACCCUGAGCAGCCCCUUCCUCGACCCGUACCCGUCGGCGACCCCGAGUCUCGCCGAGGUCGAGUCCCGCUCGCUGGUGCCCCUCCGACGCCUUCACCAGAGCCGGGAUCCGUGGCGUCGGCGGGACCCCGCCCCCGUCAGGAAGGCCGACCGGUGGUCAGACACCAUCCGGAGGGCCGAGGCGGAGAGGGAGUCGGAGAAGACGCGCUGGUGGGUGAGCACGGAGCCCCGCGUCACGCUGGACCCACCCACCACAGACUACACGCCUUCGCCGCCCCGCUCCGCCCACACCGACGCGUUCCCCGGGGCCCUCGCGAAGCCCCCCUUCGGCCACAAGGACAGGGACCCGUUCAAGCUGGGCCCCGCCCCGCCCAAGAAGCCCACGCCCACCCCGUCGCCCACCUACUGGUCCCCGCGGCCCCAGCCCACGCCCACCCCGCCGCCCACCUACUGGUCCCCGCACCCACCGCCCACCACCCUCUAUGAAGAGCCCGCCGUCCUCCCGCCGCCCCAGGACCUCCUGCCGUACGUUCCACCUCGACGGCCAAGGUGGUUCUCUCUCGACGAACUCUUCCGCAUGCUGACUGAGGGCGGGGGCGGCCAGUGCGUGGGCGGCGAAGGGCGUGUGGGCGUCUGCAUGUUGCGGAGGAACUGUCAUCGCCUCGGAGGCGCGCCCACCACUACCUGUGCUUUUGGCUACGGGAACUGCUGUAUAGCAGCCAUGAGGAACGACUGCGGGUGGGAGGCGACCAGGAACCGCACCUACUGGUCUUCUCCCGGACCUGGCAGUGAGGUGGCGACGACCGGGGCCUCCUGUGUCCUCAAUGUCCGGAAACUGUCCAGCAACAUCUGCUCCAUCAGGCUGAAUUUCUCUAGGUUUUCGCUCACACCACCUAAUGAAGGGAACUGCCUGAGAGACCACCUAGCUGUGUCUGGACAAAACAUAAACAACUUUAUCCCCAAACUCUGUGGAGAGAAUUCUGGCCAACAUAUGUACAUUGACGUAGACACUGUCCCAGGACCCGUGGAAUUGAGAAUCAACACUGUAGGAAGUGGUUUUGAUCGAGAAUGGGAGAUAGAGGUAACCCAGAUCGAGUGCAACAGCCUUUACAGACCGCCCAAUAACUGCCUUCAAUACUUCACGGGAAGCCAAGGAACCUUUUCCUCUUUCAAUUACGUUCCAAACUUACCCUCGCAAUACUUGAAUAACCUGAACUAUGCUACCUGCAUACGGAAAGAGGCUGGUUUUUGUUCCAUUGUCUACACAACGACACCAACCUCUGCAACACAGUCCUUUGAACUGGUGAACUUUGUCAUCUCUCCAACAGGUGUGGCAACGUCUGUGGUCCCAGCAGGAGAGGCUGGCAUUGGCCUUAUUCAAUGUCCUGACGAUUUUGUGAUACUGGCUGGAACCCGACUGUGUGGGGACCGGUUAAAUGAUGGUUCGGCUGUUCCAACAAGGACUGAUAACGGGCCAGUGACGGACACUACCAAUGGGCCCUUCAUCGUCCAGUUCCGAAGCAAUGGGCAAAAUGCAGGACAGGGGUACCAAUUAACAUAUCAGCAAAUCCCGUGCUAGCAUUAUAAAUAUUAGUAGAUAUAUAAUUUCUGUAAUAAUCUUGUAUGAAUAAUGUAUAUAAAUGUUCUGUACUUUCUGUAUAUAAAUGUAUAACUGUAAGCGAUCAUGAUGAAAAUCAUUUGUAAAAAGGCAUUCAGGAAUGUUUGAGUUUGUAAUGUAAUAAUAAGAAAGUUACUGUACAAAGAAAACAUUUAAUAGUACUUGUUUGUAUAUUUUUUUUAAAUAAUUAGAGGAGAUAUUAAAAACCUGCAGUCUUUAGAUCUUAAGAAUUAUAUAUAAUCUCUAUAUCUUAAUGGAAUGUUCGUAAUGGACAAUUCCUCAUAUAUCAAAAUAUAAUGCAAUUUUUU